UCCCUCCUACAAGAUGGCCUGACGGUAGCAGGGAAAUCCAAGCAACAGACUCGCCACACUGGCUGUUCCUGUUCGUUCUUGCAAGGAGAAACAAACAUGAGUAGGCCUCAGGUGUUGCUCGUCGCACUGGCUGUUCUCGCCGUCCUCGCAACUCUGCCACUCUGCAAAGGAAGCGAGGAGGAGGAAGGAGGCGCGGCGUUCGCCAUGGACACAAACGCGAGGGCGUGGCCGUGCUGCGACAAGUGCGGCCUGUGCCUCCUGAUGUACCCGCCGCAGUGCAAUUGCAUGGACUUCUCGGAGCGCGGGUGCCACCCGGCGUGCAGGAAAUGCGUCAGGUACACUGCCGACGGCAGCAGCAUCAGCCAGGAACCGCCCGUCUACCGGUGCGCCGACUUGCUCACCAACUUCUGCCAGCGCCGCUGCACGCCUGCGACUGUUGUUGCAUAACUUGGGGGUGUGGUGAUCUGAAUGCCGGCAAAUGCUGAUUAUCUAGCUUGCCUUCUCUUUCGGCUUCAGAGAAGAAAUCAGUGUUGCCGCUCGAUGCUUUUCUCACCAGUUAUCACUGUGUUUAUUAUGGAAUAAAAGGGCUAUGCUAUGCCCAAAGCU